GUUAUGUUUAAUCUCCAAACGACUCAGAAGUAAACAAGUAAACAAAUACAUUCGUGAUUGAUAGUGAUUAAAAAUAACUCUGAGAGCACACGCUGAGCGUGUUUUAUCACCUGAUAAGCAGGUACACGGGUUAUGAGUUUGUACCCCGUCCAAGCUUCAAUUUGUGAAAAGCUGUUUGGUAUUUUGAUAAAAAACUGCAGUGCAGGAAGAUAUCUGACAACAAUUUAUGCUGUCAAUUACAGUGAAACCGACUUAAAAUGUUGCAAGCGUCUGGCGCGACCCUACAUCUGCCUCAUGGAGCUGCCAAUGUAUCGUGGCAACAACAAUCUCUUCCUGGGCCUGACCAGCGUGCUGGGCUUGAUUGGAGGCGCCUAUCUGCUGCAAUGUGGCGCCCAACAUUUGCUCAGCAAAAUAGCUGUUAAGAAGAAGAAGGCGAAUGCCAGCGCGGAGCAGCACAGCUGCAAUGUCUGCUGUGCGGACCUGGAUCUAAGCAGUGCCAAAAACUACGUCACAUGUUGCACGUGUGGCAAGCACGUGUGCCGCGGCAUCAAGUGCGCCGAUUGGCUGCCAAAGGCGGCGCAAUGGGUAUGCGAACUGUGCCACAGCUCGAAGCAGUCGCUGGAGCAGACCUCCUCCUGGGUGGCCGAACAAAUGUCCUUCAAUCAGCAAAAGUUCGUUUAUCCUUUGCGCGCACGCAGCGAAAUUUAUAUUCCCAUCAGUGCCGAAAUGGCCGACAGCUCGAUGCACUUCGAGAGCGUCAGCCAAGUCGGCGCCAACAGCGUGACCCUAAUGAAUAUGGACGAGCGCAGCCGCAUCCGCGAAUACGUCGAGGAAAUUGUGGCGGAAAUGCUCGGCGGCAAUCUCGAUCACAUCAAAGUCGGUCAAUUGUCCAAAAGCGAGAACUACCUGCAGCUGUUUGAUAAAUAUCAUGCGAAACUGAGCAACCUGUUUAUCAACGUGGAGAACGCUUUGUGCGCUCGUCCGUUCAAGGGAGAUUUGCCAGCCAUUGUCAAUGGCAACAACAAUAACAACAACAGCAACAACAACAACAACAACAUCAACAAUGAUCAACUGGCGGACAUAUCGCAGACGCGUCUGCGCAGUCUCAUUGAGACAAUCAUCGCCGAAACGCUGCGCAGCGGCAGCAACAGCCUCCUCCUGAAUCCCAGCGGCGCCGUCUCCGAGAUUAGCCUGGACACGCGCUCCAAUGGGCAGCUGUCGGGCUUCAGCAAUGGCGGCAGCAGCAGCAAGCGACGCCAUCGCACCGAGCACUAUUUUGAGCCCAAAAUCUAUCAGGAUCUGUUGGCCACAGCGGUGCUCAAUAAGAUUGCGGACAAGGAGGGCAAUAACAGGCUCAUUUCGGAGAGUACGCCGGACCUGAGUGCUCACAACAUUGAUGAGAAUUACAAUGCCGAAGCGUUGAGCACUACAUCUGGAAGUUCAAUAGAGCCGCGCAGCGAUUGCAGCCUAACGGAUCAUGAACUGACUGGCAAAGAAGAAGCACAGCUGGACGUGGAACGUGAGUCGGUCCUGAGUGACUAUAUAGCCGCUCACAUGGUGCCGCUGCCGGAUUUCUCAGCAUCCGUUACCGAAUCGGAGGAUGAUGUUGUCUCAAUGUCGUCGAGCAUGGUCGGUGACGGCACCUGGGAGGACAAUUGGCUAUUCAAGAAGAAGCGCAGCACCUUGCAGAGCUCGGCCACACCGAGCAGCAUUGGCAUGCUGGUGCCCGCGCCCAAGGAGAAUGUACGCGCUCAGAUUGGCGAUCGGACCGCCGAUGAGGUCAGCGAUCUGUCCGAAAUGGGCUCCGACGCAGAGGAAUCUUCCCUGGAUUUGCUGCGUUGCAAUGAGCUAAAUGAUCGCCUCUUAAGCAAACACCUAAUUGGUGGACAGAACACAAAACUAGUGCUAGACGAACUGGUGGAUCGCACAAGUUUGACCUCAAAUACUUUGCCAGCGGAGCACGAGCCGGCUUUUACCGAGACCACAAAUCCGCUCGUCCAACAGCCCACGGCGGCCACAGCGUCACAGCCAGAAGAACAGAAAACGUCUACUUUAAUGGCGCCGCCGCCACCCAUGAUUUUCCAAGAUGAUGAAAAUACUGAGGAACCCGCUCAGACACUGAUUGCAGCAGCCCAAUGUGAUUCAGAUGAUCUCUGCGAUCUCGAGGGCUUGACAGGCUUCGGGGACGUUGAAUACCUAGAUGACAGCAAGCUACAUGAAAACAUACCUUCGGUUAUUGAAAUACUAGCAGCCAUUGCUCUGGGACCCAUGCUCGCCAUCCCAGCAUCUGAACAACCUCCUAUUAUGACUGCCACAGAAAUUCAUACACUCAAGGAACUAAGUGAUUUGGCUCUGGCUGAAAUCAACGCUCGCACAAUGGAGCUAGCUCAACACUCUCUGGACAUUAUUGAGGAAGAGUUCACGGAAGCACAAUCCACAGACCAAGACGACAAACCUCAAACUGCUGAAGAACACAAGCACAGGUCACCUAUUAAUGCGAGUGAGAUUCCAUCCUCCAUUACCGAAGAAAUAUCUCAACCAAAGGAGGGGAAUGUUGAAGUUUUAGGACAAACGGAACUCGCUCCUAAUAAACAACCUAUAUCUGGAGAAACACCAACUGCAGCACCAUUAUUUGAUGAGAUUGUUAGGGCUGGGAUUAAUUCAGAAACAAAACUUGUUCCUCAGGAAGAUUUGGCACAAUUAGUUACUCAAGCAGAAAUAAUUGUAGAGCCACAGACUGCUGCACCAGCUCCAACUCUAUCGCCAGCCGUUGAGAAAGUUACUUUAACUGCUGCAUCCACACAAGCAACAACGCAACAACAUGAAGAACUUAGUCCUCUAGCAAAAGCAACUGCAGCUCCCGAAGAAGCUUCAAUACCGACAGCUGAGAUAGUUGCUCUAAAUGCUACCGAAGAAGUUCCUACGUUAACAGGAGAAGCUGCUGCUCCUGUAGAAAUUCCAGGGCCAGUAAUUGACCUAUUUACUCCUGAAGAAAAACCUGCUACGUCUGAAGCGCCAGCAGAUGUGACAGCUUCUUCCACAGAAGUAUCUUCUAUUCCCGGGGAAGUUCCUACACCAGCAGUUAAGAAAGUUGCUCCCUCUGAAGUAACCGCUGCUUCCGAGGAAGCAGCUGGGAUAGUUACUCCAUCAGAAGUAAAUGCUGCUCCCGAGGAAGUUUCUGUGCCAGCUGUCUAUUCCAAUCAAUCUCAAGCGACAGAAGCAAAAAUAGUUACUCCAUCAGCAGGAACUGCAGCUUCUGAGGAAGUUCCAGUGCCAGAAGAUGAGAUUGUUACUCAAGCUGAAGUAACCGUUGCUCCUGAGGUCGAUCUUGCACCAGCAGAAGAACCUGCUGCUCUACCGACAGAAGCUGAGAUAGUUACUCCAGCAGAAGUAACUGCUGCUUCCGAGGAAGUUCCAGUGCCAGCAGAAGUACCUGCUUCCGAGGAAUCUCCAGCGCCAGCAUCUGGGCUAGUUACUCUAACAGAUGUAACUGUUGCUCCUGCGGUAGAUCCUGCACCAGCAGAAGAACCUGCUGGUCUACCGACAGCAGCUAAGAUAGUUACUCCAGCAGAAGUAAAUGCUGCUUCCGAGGAAUCUCCAGCGCCAGCAGCUGAGAUAGUUACUCCAGCAGAAGUAACUGCUGCUCCCGAGGAAGUUCCUUUACCAGCAGAAGUACCUGCUUCCGAGGAAUCUCCAGCGCCAGUAGCGGAGAUAGUUACUCCAGCAGAAGUAACUGCUACUCCCGAGGAAGUUCCUGUGCCAGCAGAACUACCUGUUUCCGAGGAAUCUCCAGCGCCAGCAGCUGAGAUAGUUACUCCAGCAGAAGUAACUGCUGCUCCCGAGGAAGUUCCUGUGCCAGCAAAAGUACCUGCUUCCGAGGAAUCUCCAGCGCCAACAGAUGAGAUAGUUACUCCAGCAGAAGUAACUGCUACUCCCGAGGAAGUUCCUGUGCUAGCUGAACUACCUGUUUCCGAGGAAUCUCCAGCGCCAGAAGCAGAGAUAGUUACUCCAGCAGAAAUAACUGCUGUUCUUGGGGAAUCUCCAGCGCCAGAAGCAAAAAUAGUUACUCCAGCAGAAGUAACUGCUGCUCCCGAGGAAUCUCCAUCGCCAGCAGCUGAUAUAGUUACUUCAGCAGAAGUAACUGCUACUCCCGAGGAAGUUCCUGUGCCAGCAGAACUACCUGUUUCCGAGGAAUCUCCAGCGCCAACAGAUGAGAUAGUUACUCCAGCAGAAGUAACUGCUGCUCCCGGGGAAGUUCCUGUGCCAGCAGAACUACUUGUUUCCGAGGAAUCUCCAGCGCCAGAAGCAGAGAUAGUUACUCCAGCAGAAAUAACUGCUGUUCUUGGGGAAUCUCCAGCGCCAGAAGCAGAGAUAGUUACUCCAGCAGAAGUAACUGCUGCUCCCGAGGAAUCUCCAUCGCCAGCAGCUGAUAUAGUUACUUCAGCAGAAGUAACUGCUACUCCCGAGGAAGUUCCUAUGCCAGCAGAACUACCUGUUUCCGAGGAAUCUCCAGCGCCAACAGAUGAGAUAGUUACUCCAGCAGAAGUAACUGCUACUCCCGAGGAAGUUCCUGUGCCAGCACAACUACCUGUUUCCGAGGAAUCUCCAGCGCCAGAAGCAGAGAUAGUUACUCCAGCAGAAGUAACUGCUGUUUCCGAGGAAUCUUCACCGCCAGCAGAUGAGAUAGUUACUCCAGCAGAAGUAACUGCUGCUCCCGAGGAAGUUCCUGUGCCAGCAGAAGUACCUGUUUCCGAGGAAUCUCCAGCGCCAGAAGCAGAGAUAGUUACUCCAGCAGAAGUAACUGCUGUUCCCAAGGAAGUUCCUCUGUCAGCAGGAGUACCUGCUGCUUCCGAGGAAUCUUCAGCGCCAGCAGAUGAGAUAGUUACUCUAACAGAAGUAACUGCUGCUUCCGAGGAAAAUCCAGCGCCAGCAGAUGAGAUAGUUACUCCAGCAGAAGGAACUACUUCCGAGGAAUCUAAGGCGCCAACAGAUGAGAUAGUUACUUCAGCAGAAGUAACUGCUACUCCCGAGGAAGAUCCUGUGCCAGCGGAACAACCUGUUUCCGAGGAAUCUCCAGCGCCAGAAGCAGAGAUAGUUACUCCAGCAAAAGUAACUGCUGCUUCCGAGGAAUCUUCAGCGCCAUCAGAUGAGAUAGUUACUCUAGCAGAAGUAACUGCUGCUUCCGAGGAAAAUCCAGCGCCAGCAGAUGAGAUAGUUACUCCAGCAGAAGGAACUACUUCCGAGGAAUCUAAGGCGCCAACAGAUGAGAUAAUUACUCCAGCAGAAGUAACUGCUACUCCCGAGGAAGAUCCUGUGCCAGCAGAAGUACCUGUUUCCGAGGAAUUUCCAGCGCCAGAAGCAGAGAUAGGUACUCCAGCAAAAUUAACUGCUGCUCCCGAGGAAGUUCCUGUGCCAGCAAAAGUACCUGCUACCGAGGAAUCUCCAGCGCCAGCAGCUGAGAUAGUUACUCCAGCAGAAGUAACUGCUACUCCCGAGGAAGUUCCUGUGCCAGCGGAACAACCUGUUUCCGAGGAAUCUCCAGCGCCAGAAGCAGAGAUAGUUACUCCAGCAGAAGUAACUGCUGCUUCCGAGGAAUCUUCAGCGCCAGCAGAUGAGAUAGUUACUCUAGCAGAAGUAACUGCUGCUUCCGAGGAAAAUCCAGCGCCAGCAGAUGAGAUAGUUACUCCAGCAGAAGGAACUACUUCCGAGGAAUCUAAGGCGCCAACAGAUGAGAUAGUUGCUCCAGCAGAAGUAACUGCUACUCACGAGGAAAAUCCUGUGCCAGCAGAACUACCUGCUUCCGAGGAAUCUCCAGCGCCAGAAGCAGAGAUAGUUACUCCAGCAGAAGUAACUGCUGCUUCCGAGGAAUCUCCAGCGCCAGCAGAUGAGAAAGUUACUCCAGCAGAAGUAGCUGAUGCUUCCGAGGAAACUCCAGCGCCAGGAUUUGAAAUAGUCACUUCAGCAGAAGUAACUGCUGUUUCCGAGGAAUCUCAAGCGCCAGCAACUGAGAUAGUUAAUUUAGCAGAAGUAACAUCUGCGCCAGCAGAUGAGAUAGUUACUCCAGCAGAAGUUACUGCUGCUUCCGAGGAAUCUCCAGCGCCAGCAGAUGAGAAAGUUACUCCAGCAGAAGGAACUACUUCCGAGGAAUCUAAGGCGCCAGCAGAUGAGAUAGUUGCUCCAGCAGAAGUAACUGCUACUCCCGAGGAAGAUCCUGUGCCAGCAGAACUACCUGCUUCCGAGGAAUCUCCAGCGCCAGAAGCAGAGAUAGUUACUCCAGCAGAAGUAACUGCUGCUUCCGAGGAAUCUCCAGCGCCAGGAUUUGAAAUAGUCACUUCAGCAGAAGUAACUGCUGUUUCCGAGGAAUCUCAAGCGCCAGCAACUGAGAUAGUUAAUUUAGCAGAAGUAACAUCUGCGCCAGCAGAUGAGAUAGUUACUCCAGCAGAAGUUACUGCUGCUUCCGAGGAAUCUCCAGCGCCAGCAGAUGAGAUAGUUACUCCAGCAGAACUACCUGUUUCCGAGGAAUCUCCAGCGCCAGAAGCAGAGAUAGUUACUCCAGCAGAAGUAACUGCUGUUUCCGAGGAAUCUCAAGCGCCAGCAACUGAGAUAGUUUAUUUAGCAGAAGUAACAUCUGCGCCAGCAGAUGAGAUAGUUACUUCCGAGGAAGUUCCAACGCUUACCGGAACAACUGUUACUCCCGAGGAAAUAUCAGCAGUUGAUACUAUUACUCCAGCAGAAGAACCUGCCUCCAAGAAAUCUCAAGCGCCAGAAACUGAGAUAGUUACUCCAGCAGAAGUAGUAGAGGAAGUUAAUGCUGUUGGAGCAUUAACUGCUGCUUCCGGGGAAGUUCCAAAUUCAGCAGUUGUGGUUGCUUGUUUGGAAGUUACAUCACUUUCACAGGCUGUUCACGAGGACGGUGGAGCUCUAAUAAUUAAGGAGGUGGCUAGGGCUGAAAUUUCACCGGAGCCACAAGUUGAACCCGAGGAGGCUGCUUUCGAGGAAGCUUCAGCAACAGCAAUUGAGUUCGCUAGUACUGAGAUUGCACCAGACCCUCAAGUUGUUUUGGAGGAAGAUUCAGAGCCAGUAAUUAAGAUGGAAGCUUCACUAUCAACGACUGAAGAGGUUACUUCUACUGAGCCACAAGUUGCUCCCAAUCAAGCUCCAGCAACAGCAACUGAGGAGGUUGCAAGUAAUGAGAUAACACAAGAGCCACAAGUUGAUCUCGAGGAGGCUCCAGCACCAGCAAUUGAGGAGGUUGCUAGUUCUGAGCCAAAAACAGCUCCUGAGGAAGAUCCAGCACCAACAAUUGAGGAGGGUGGAAGUGCUGAGAUAACACAAGAGCCACAAGUUGAUCUCGAGGAGGCUACAGCCCCAGAAAUUGGGGAGCGAGCUAGAACUGAGCCACAACCUGCUCCCGAGAAAGAUCCAGCACAAGCAAUUGCGGAGGUGGCUUGUAUUGAAAUUACACCAGAACUAAAAGUUGAUCCCGAAGAGGCUCCAGCACCAGCAAUUGAGGAGGCUGCUAGUACUGAGCCGAACACAACAACCGAGGAAUUUGCAGCUCCCCCAAUUGAGAAUGUUGCUUCUAAUGAGAUUACACCAGAGUCACAAAUAAAUUCCGAGAAGGUUCCAGCACCAGCAAUUAUUGAGGUUGCAAUUAUUGAGAUAACACAAAAGCAACAAGUUGAUCCCAAGGAGGCUGCAGCACCAGCAAUUGCAGAGGUUGUUAGUACUGAGCCAAAAACAGCUCCCAAAGAAAAUCCAGCACCAACAAUUAAGGAGAUUGGAAGUGUUGAGAUAACACAAAAGCCACAAGUUGAUACCGAGGAGGCUCUAGUACCAGAAAUUGUCGAGGUUGCUAAAACUGAGCCACAAUCUGCUCCCGAGGAAGAUCCAGCACAAACAAUUAAGGAGGUUGCUUGUAUUGAGAUUACACCAGAACUACAAGUUGAUCCUGAGGAGACUUCAGCUCCAACAAUUGAGAAUGUUCCUUCUACUGAGAUUACACCAGAGCCACAAAUAAAUUCCGAGGAGGCUCCAGCACCAGCAAUUGAGGAGCUUACUAGUACUGAUCCUCAGAUUACCCUUGAAGAAGCUUCAGCACCAACAAUUGAGGAGGUUGUUAGUUCUGAGCCACAAGCUGGUCCCGAGGAAGAUUCAGCUGUUGAACAUAUUCCAACUGUUGAGAUUGCACCAGAGCGACUGGCUACUCCCCAGAAAGUUCCAGCGCCAGAAGUCAAUGAGGUUGCUUCUACUGAACCCCAAAUUACUCCUGAGGAAGCUCCAACACUAGCAAUUGAGGAGGUUGCUAGUACUGAGAUGAUUCUCGAUGAGGCUUCAGCGCCAGUAGCUGAAGAGGUUGCUAGUGCGGAGCCUCAGCCUGCCCUCGAAGAAGAUUCAACCCCAUCAGUUGAGGAGGUUCUUGGUGCUGAGAUUGCACCAGAUCUACAGGCUACUCCCCAGGAGGCUCCAGCGGCUGAAGGUUACGCAGUUGAUUCUGCUGAGCCCCAGGUUACUUCCGAUCAAGCUCCAGCAAUAGCAGUUGAGGAGAUUGCUAGAGCUGAAGUUACACCAGAAUCCCAAAUCGAUCACCAGGAGGCUGCACCGCCAGUAAAUGAGGAGGUUUCUAGUGGUGAGCCCCAGGCUGCUCUCGAGGAUGCUUCAAUAUCAGCAAUUGAGGAGGUUGCCAGUACUAAAACUAUUCAAGAGCCACAAAAUGUUCCUGGGGAAGCUCAAGAUCCAGCAAUCGAGGAAGUUUUAUUAGCAGCAAAUAAAUCUGAGUCACCAGAUGCUCCCGAGGAGGAUUUACCAGGAAUUGAGAAGGUUGCCAGUACUGAAAUUAUACCAGAGCAGGAUGAGGAGGCUUCAGCAUUUCAGGCUGUUCCUCCAGCAGGAGUUGAAACUAAUCCGCAGGCUGCCCCUACGGAAGGCGAGGAGGUUUCCGCUGUUCAAACAACACUUGAGCCACAAGUCGCUAGCGAAGAGGCAGCUGCAAUAAUUGCAACAGAAAAAUUAAUAUUACAGGCCGGUGAUGCAACUCAAUCUGAUCUUUUGACAAGUGAAUCUGUUAAGAGCGAUAAUUGCGCUCUAGGCUCCAUCGCGGAACGUGAGGUCAAGAAGUGGUACAAUGCCGUCGAAAUGCCCAACAAUCCGUAUGCGCCGGAGGCGCUGAAGCAACGCAUCAGCGGCACACAGGAACGCUUCAUGGAUGUGCCCAAUAUAAGUCCGUGUGCCGAGCAAAAGGCGCUGGCUCUGAUGAGGGGCUCGGAUGAGGAGCCUGCCAGCCGCGUCGAGGAUUACAAGCGCUACAGUCGCGACUAUUACAUCAACAAUGCGCCUCAGGCACUGACCACGCCCACUAGCGGACGGGCGACUUCAGUGGCGUGCAUCAGCAGCAGCACGGGGGAGCCGGGGUCCGGCCAGACGGAUGAGGACAUUGUCAUCAAUGAGGCUCAAAUAGCAAGCAAAACUGCAGUCGAGCAACCGCAGGAGCAGCUCGUCGAGAUUUCGGACGACAAGUGUAUUUACACGGCUUUGCCAGCUCAGGUGCUGGAUGCUGGCAACGCCAGCCUGGAGACCCAAUCGAAUCAAUCCCUGCAAACGACCAGCGAUGACUCGGACACAGUGCGUGUUUAUGAUUUCAAUAAGCAGGAGACGACGACAGUCAUCAAGGCGCAGGAGCAGCCGCCCAGCACGUCUAGCACGUCAUCUAUGGAGUCUGCACUGAGUGCACCCUCCUCCUCCUCCUCCAUAGAUGCGUCGCGCAAACGUGAACGGCCUGUUGUGCUGCAAUUUGGGCCCGCCGAUGCGACGCCCAACGUCUGCGCCUCACCGUCAAUGACACCAACGCGUGGCUCUACGCCGCCAGCUUUCAGAUUUCUGCAGCCCAAGCGUCGUCUGAUUGAACCAAGUCAAGUAUUGUCCAUAGACGACGAUGAUGAGAUGCCUGAGCCAGCAGCCACGCCCACAGAGAAGCCAGCUGUUGAGGACGAUGUGGUGCAUGCCCUGCCCUCGGUUAAGGCGCUGGCUCAAGCCUUUCUGCUGACCAGCAAACGCACGCAGCCCGAGCGUCGCUGGCGGGCCAAGACUCUGCAACAUGCCAAGUUGAUGGCAUCACCCGAUGCACCAGAGAAGCCAACCUCGCCACAAUCCCGUAAGCAUAUGCUACAGCACGCCAUAUCCAUAGCCGAGGUGGCCGAUGAAUCCACAAUUGCCUCCGAUCUAUCAUCGCUGGAAACAGAUCCCUCUAUGCAAUCCGAAGAACAUCCUAUGAACAUACCCAUCGCCUCACCGGCGAGUCCUGUGCCCGUGCGCAGAGGCUUCCUUAGGAGCAAUAUUGCUUACUUUGAGAACUUAAAGUUUAAGUGAAUACAAAUGCAACUAACUUACAUUUAGCUGUGCCACCAUUGGCUGAUAUUCCACAGUGAGGAAUAUGCACAAUAAUGGUGCGCAGCAUCCUGGAUACCAAAUCAACACCAAAUAAUCAUGUGCCAUGGCCUCCAUUUAAACAACAUUGACAUAGUACACAUUCAAUGAAAAGUAUUCUUCAAAGUACUUAACCUAAAAGUAACGCCCAGUGUGCGCGAAUAAUUGUUUUUAGUUUUAGAUUUAUUAGAAUUAAAUACUUAUAUCCAUGGAUACUAUUUAUUUAAACUCUUAAAUAUUUUAUUUACAGCUAAGAUAUGUAUUUAGUUUUAAGCCCCGCAAAACCGCAAACCACUUGAACUAUCAUAAUGACCCGUACAUCGAUAUAUGCAUAUAUAUGUAUAUCGAUAAAUAUAUUCUUUCACUGUUAUAAAUAGUGUUAUAUACGAAUAAAAACUUAUGAUCAGUUAUACU